UAAUAAGCGAAUAUAGAAGGCGUUCUUGGUCCGAGUGGCUGUAACCUAGGUUCCUUGCUACCAGUGCGAAAAAGCAACAGAGAGAUAUAAAAUAUCUUCUUCUCAUCACAAAUGGUAGAUAUGGAAACGCCACCUUCAAUUGCAAACGACGCUGCUGAUAACACCAUCUCCCCUCGCAAUCUCGAUGAAAAUCCGGAGGAUGCGUCCUCCAUAAAUCCUGGAGAAAAAGAAUCCAAGCCUGAGAUUGCUGGAGAAGAAGACGAAGAAGAAGUGAGAGGCAUUCUACAAGUUAUUGCAUCUACUGGCAAAUUUUGGCAUGAUUGGGGAAAAUUGAAGAGUGUGCUAUCCUUUCAGCUGAAGCAGGUUCUGUCAGAAUAUCCCGAGGCAAAAAUGACAACCAAGGAACAGGAGGAAACUUAUCAAGAGCUGGUGAAAAAGUUGGAUGAAGCUCUCCACAACUUCGAAGAAGGUCCUCCUUUUACCCUACAGAGGCUUUGCGAGAUUUUGUUGGCAGCAAGACACCUCUAUCCAAAUCUCUCAAAGCUUGCCCUAGCCCUAGAAAAGAAUUUAUUGGUUACAUCCACAUUGGCUGUCUGUACUGAUCCGUAUCCACAAGCAUUAGAAAAGCCGGGUGAAUCUGAUAAACCAAAUGAAGAACUGCAGGUGCAAUCCAGCGCGGUACAGAAUGGUGUUGAACCUGUGGUAGGAGAUGGUGAUGAAAUAAUGACUGAGGUAGAGGAGGCUGACAUUGAUGAUGAUAUGACCAUUGACAUGGAAGCCUUGGAAGAAAUAGUUGCAUCAUCAGAAACAAAUUCUACAUCAACUGGAAAUUCUUGAGUUUUUUUGUCUUUAUCAGCCAGUACAAGUCAGUCCACUAAGCUCACAUUGAUAUAUUUCUCUUUAGAGAGGGAACUUAAAGACAAGAUUCACAUAUGUUGUGGACAAUGAGGUGGGCCAUGGUUUUCUGCUCUUGAGUCUCAAGUCUGUCCAUGUUAGCGGCUGUGAGGGAAAGCAUAGACCUGCCAUUUGAAUUUAAUACAAUGUUCGAGUCUGUAUCUCUUGCUCGAGUGCUCUAUUUAUACUCAAUGUUGUAAACACCACAUAGGUCGGCAUAUCUGAAAACUUGUUUGAACUGUCUUGAGAAAUUCUGAUUGGUGUUAUUUGGUGGAACUACUAUAUAGCUGCGCCCAAGCACAUUUUUAUGCA